GCGGCUGGUAAAAGAAAAGAUGUUGUCCCGGUUCCGAGUUGCAUCUACGCCUUGUACUUGGGCAUGUCGUCGUUUGCACAUAAAAGAGAAGGGCAAACCCCUGAUGCUGAACCCAAGAACAAACAAGGGCAUGGCCUUUACCUUACAGGAACGGCAGAUGCUUGGUCUGCAAGGACUUCUACCUCCCAAGAUAGAGACGCAGGAUAUUCAAGCCUUACGAUUCCAUAGAAACUUGAAGAAAAUGACCAGCCCUUUGGAGAAAUACAUCUAUAUAAUGGGAAUACAAGAAAGAAAUGAGAAAUUGUUUUACAGGAUAUUGCAAGAUGACAUUGAAAGUCUCAUGCCAAUUGUAUACACCCCAACAGUUGGUCUUGCCUGCUGUCAGUAUGGACACAUCUUUAGAAGACCCAAGGGAUUGUUUAUUUCAAUCUCAGACAGAGGUCAUGUUAGAUCAAUUGUGGAUAACUGGCCAGAAAAUCAUGUUAAGGCUGUUGUGGUGACUGAUGGAGAAAGAAUUCUGGGUCUUGGAGAUCUGGGUGUCUAUGGUAUGGGAAUUCCAGUAGGAAAGCUUUGUUUGUACACAGCCUGUGCAGGAAUACGACCAGAUAGAUGCCUACCUGUGUGUAUUGACGUGGGCACUGAUAAUGUGUCACUCCUGAAAGAUCCAUUUUACAUGGGCUUGUACCAGAAGCGAGACCGUUCACAACUUUAUGAUGAACUGAUUGAUGAGUUUAUGAAAGCUAUUACUGACAGAUAUGGCCGGAACACACUUAUUCAAUUUGAAGACUUUGGGAAUCAUAAUGCAUUCAGGUUUUUGAGAAAAUAUCGAGAAAAAUACUGUACUUUCAAUGAUGAUAUUCAAGGGACAGCUGCAGUAGCUCUAGCAGGUCUUCUUGCAGCACAAAAAGUUAUCAGUAAAUCCAUCUCAGAACACAAAAUCUUAUUUCUUGGAGCAGGAGAGGCUGCUCUUGGAAUUGCAAAUCUUAUAGUUAUGUCUAUGAUGGAAAAUGGCCUCUCAGAAGAAGAAGCACGAAAGAAAAUUUGGAUGUUCGACAAGUAUGGUUUAUUAAUUAAGGGACGGAAAGAUGACAUAGACAGUCAUCAGGAGCCAUUUGCUCACUCAGCUCCAGAGAGUAUACCUGACACUUUUGAAGAUGCAGUGAAUAUACUUAAGCCAUCAGCCAUAAUUGGAGUUGCUGGUGCUGGCCGACUUUUUACUCCUGAUGUAAUCAAAGCCAUGGCCCGAAUCAAUGAAAGACCUAUCAUAUUUGCGUUAAGUAAUCCUACAGCAAAGGCUGAGUGCACCCCUGAGGAAGCAUAUACACUCACAGAGGGACGGUGUUUGUUUGCCAGUGGCAGUCCAUUUGGGCCAGUGAAACUUGAAGAUGGGCGAGUCUUUACUCCUGGUCAAGGAAAUAAUGUGUAUAUUUUUCCAGGUGUGGCCUUAGCUGUUAUUCUCUGUCACACCCGGCAUAUCAGUGACAGUAUUUUCCUAGAAGCUGCAAAGGCACUAACGAGUCAGUUGACAGAUAAGGAGCUAGCUCAAGGAAGACUUUACCCACCGCUUGCCAAUAUUCAGGAAGUGUCUAUUAAUAUCGCUAUUAAAAUAACAGAAUACCUGUAUGCUAAUAAAAUGGCCUUCCGAUACCCAGAACCUGAGGACAAGGCCCAGUAUAUUAAAGAGAGGAUAUGGAGAAGUGAAUACGACUCCCUGCUGCCGGACAUGUACGAGUGGCCGGAGUCUGCGUCAAGGCCUCCCCAAAUAACAGAAUAGGAGCCCUCCCAGCAAUGCACAAAUAUUCCACCUGCUUCAGGGAGCCUCUUGGCUGAACAAAGACCCGGUGUUCCCAGA